AUCAGUCACCGAGUCACCGCCGACGCUGAACAAGUAAACACUCUUCCCAGUCUCUCAGCUCUCAGUCAGUCAGUGUUGUGACUUCGUACAGUGAACAGUACAGUGCGCUUUCGUGAACUACGUUAUCAGUUGUUUGUAACUAGUGACAAUUUGUAACUUUUUCGGAAGUAAUUAUUACAUUUUUGAAAUGUGAAUACUAUUUUCAUUCUUAUCAUCUUGAGUUAUUAUUACUUCAAAUAUACCAGCACUCCUCAUUAUUAUCACGUGAAUUUUAAGAUUAAGUUCACGAGUGCUCUACCUCUAAACAUGGUGGACACAACCAAAGAGCAAAUAGUGAUGACCCCGAAGGGUCGCACGGCCAACCAAACCAACCUGAUAAUCGAACGCAAGGCUGUGAAGAUAGAGAACAACUCUGACAAAGAUAACAUCCAUGUGGCUGGAGGCGAUCAUCAGGGCAUUGUCAUCAACAAGUUUGUCGCUUCAGGUAAACCAAUCUAUUCCACUUUCACUCAAAUUUUUCCAGAUUACGUAGGAUUCAUAAAAAAGCUCAUGAAACUAAUGCAGCUGAAAUACACUUCCAUCAAGAAAGUAGAAGUUAUUAUAAGGAAAUUAGAUGAGCCAGAGAAGCUACCGUCUCGACCUUUAUCUGCUGAUGAAAGCAUCUUUGGCAAGCAGAUUCCAAUAACAGAGGAGAGAGUUUUGGAACUGAUCGAAUCUUCCUACCCGAAUCCAGUCACUAUCAAAGACAUGGUCAAAGAACACAGUUGGUCUGAUGAAGAUAUUGUAAUCCAUAUAAAAGAACUGCAAAAGAAGAAACUAGUCAAAGCCAUGGAACAUGGUGCGUUCACCAGAGUUGUCAGCCAUGAUCCUGAUAUACAGAUAGUGAAGCAAAUGCCGACAAUGGUAAAGGCGAAACAGCCGACCAUCGCUAUAAUCACGGCCCAGUAUUGUGAAAAGCUUGCAGUUGACGCAAUGAUUGAGAAUAAAGAAACAUUUGUGCGUUACACCACAGUGGGUGUGAAAGAAUACAGCAAAGAUGGAGCAACCAUAAAGAGACAAACCCGGUUUGGAGAGUCGAACGUCUAUACCCUGGGCAACAUGGGCGCGCAUCGCAUUGUCUGCACCAAACUGCCAACUGUCGGCCACACGAGGGAAGCCAUGACUGCGGCCGGCAACACAACCACUCGACUGCUGGGCACUUUCCAGAAGGUUGACUAUGUCAUACUAGUUGGCUUGGGAGGCGGAGUGCCUCACUACACCGAUUUCAACAAACACGUCAGGCUGGGAGAUGUGGUUGUGGCGCAUUCUACAAAUAAUAACAGGUGUUUGCCUACAGGAGAGUCGAACGUCUAUACCCUGGGCAACAUGGGCGCGCAUCGCAUUGUCUGCACCAAACUGCCAACUGUCGGCCACACGAGGGAAGCCAUGACUGCGGCCGGCAACACAACCACUCGACUGCUGGGCACUUUCCAGAAGGUUGAUUACGUCAUACUAGUUGGCUUGGGAGGCGGAGUGCCUCACUACACCGAUUUCAACAAACACGUCAGGCUGGGAGAUGUGGUUGUGGCGCAUUCCACAAACAAUAACAGGGCAGUCUAUACUUACUGUGAAAACGCAAAUGAAAGGCCUGAUGGUCAGUUGGCAUUCGACCACAAAGACUACCAACCAUCGAACUUCUGUUUGCAGCACAUCGCAUCUCAGCUCAAAGCACAAUCUGAAGCAGAGGGCGAUGCUGCACCAUGGCUGAAAUAUUUAGUCGAGGCUGAAAAUAUGCUGAGCUCAGCAGAAGCCGAGAGUGAUUUCCGAAGACCUCCAAAAGAGACCGACAAGCUUUACAUGAGUAUAGGCGAGGAAGGAGUCAUUGAAGUGGCCCAUCCCACUUCCACCGACCCAGAUUUACAGAAAAGAUUGGAGGGCCGCUCCCGUAUCCACACAGGAGUGAUCGCGUCGGGCCGCGCCGUCUGCCGCAACGAACAGCUGCGUCAACAGUUCUCUGAGCAGCGAGUGGCGCUGGCCUGGGACUCUGAGUUCGACUCGGUCAUCGAAUCGGUGCAGGGCAACUGCAAGGACUGCUUUGCACUGGUGAGGGGCAUCUCCGACUACAAGGACGGCACACGCAAGUCGCCCUGGCAGCCGUACGCCGCUCUGGCCGCCGCCGCCGUCGUCAAGGCUAUUGUCUGUGCUAUGGACCCGCCUACUGAUGCCUAGACUCAAAUGGCUCAUUAUUUCUAUUCAUAGACAAAAACUGAAGUUUCAUUCGUUUCAUUUUUAUUGUUCAGGCAUUGGUUACAUUGCUUUUUCAAACAGACUUACGCCCAAUACACACUGAGGUGGUGUGGCGCUGACGUGGCACAGAUGUGGCGAAGGCGUGGUGCUGACGUUUGUAACUUCCAUGUAAACAUUGGUUCAAUGCAAACAGAAAUGGCGUGGCGAAACGCCACUCCAAUUUGCAUUGGACCAUAUUAUGUUUAUAUAGGAGUGUCGUGAAAGUGGCAAAACUUCGGUGCCAGCGCCACGUGACUCCAGUGUAAAUUGGGCCUAAGAUUUAAAAUAAAAAAUACAUUAAAUUUCAAUCCCACUUUCCAUUAAGAGCUGCUAGUUUAUGUAUAAAUUUUAAUACCUUUUUUGAAGACAUAGUGACCUGUUUUCUAGGACACUUAUUAAAUCCAAUCAUAUCUGUGGGUUUGAUGGUCUAUUAUAUUUAAUAAGUGUCCUAGAAACCGGGCCUAACUUUUGUAAAUAAUAGCAAAACGUCUACUCACGUUGUAGAGUGCUUUAAGACAACAUACAUCCUUAACAAUGUCUUAGUGAUUAUUAACUAGAAGUUUGAUUUGAUUCAUUAACUAGCAGCUCUUAAUGAAAAGUGGAAUUGAAAAUAAUCAAUUUGUUUGAUUUGAAAUUGUAGACUGUUGAAAAUAAAUAUUGUAACCAAUGCCUGAACGGAACUCAGACUUUUCCUUGGUUUCCUAUCAUUCUCGUUUCAAGUAAAGCAUCGAAAAAAUGCAAUAUUGUUAAUGUAUUCCUAUUGGUAGGAAUCUCUUUCUUCAACCGAAUUGAGGAAUUUAAUGAAAAGUAUCAAACAAAUGCAUUACUUGGUGAUUUAACAAGUGGAAUUUCCAGCUGAUGCUUGAAUACAAGACACUUGUUUGAUCUUUUAAUCGUAGACUCUUGGCGAAAGCAUUUCAACCGAUUGAUUCAAUAAUUUCAAUUUAGUUUUUAUUUCGUUUUAAACCACUAACUAUUGAUGAAAGGUUAUAGCUACGGUACGCAUUAGAAGAGUGGUCAUCGAAAGAUAUUCUCUUGAAUUUUCCCGACCAGCUUAUGCGUAUAUCGACUGAAUGAGAAUAUGCAGUUAACGUUUCCAAAGCUAUAGUCUGUGCAGUAAACUGAACAAUUUAUACUUCAAAUGCGUAUGUAUUUGUUUAAUCGUAGGUGCUGGUUUUAUUUAAAGGUGACUUGUUUAGUCUUGGUCUAUUGAUUAUAAUUAUUCAGAUACUAGACUGUUAGUCUUAAGAAAUAGAUUUGACCUGUGAUACAUUUCACUUGGGCCUAUCUCUCCCAUUCCUUCGACUUGAACAAUAUCCAUUCAAUUCUAUGUUUCUAUUUUAUUUUGCCUGUUUAUUGGGAUUAUCCAGAACAUGAGAAUUAUCUCAUCAACUCAAUAUCAAGAUUUAGGAAAAUUAUCUGAUUCAAUUCUUUUAAUAUUUGUGAUCACCACCAAUACUUGUUAUAUUCGAUAUACGAGAUUGUAUUUCUAUUCAGUUCCAAAAAUUUUAGGAUUAUAGAAGUUAAUGAUAGGUAUAAAAUUCAAAGAUAAAAAUAAGUACGAGUAGAUAUGACUUAUUGAAAUUUAAAAGUAUAGAUAUAAUAUCUAUUGAUAGUAUAAUACUACUUUAAACAGAAUCUAGAUUAAUAUUAUCACAAUCAUAAAAAGGACUGAAAAAUGGAACUCAUUUUCCAUUCGAGAUUGAUAUUGAAUGUUAGGAAAACAUCCGUCAUUAGAAUAUAUUCCACAAGAGAAUGUCGAUGUACUGAGUGGUAGAUACCGACUUCAACUGACCAUUUGAAAGCACCAAUUACGCAUUGAGAUCGGUUACAGUUGCAGGCCUAUUCAAGUGUUGUUUGCUAUUUCAAGAAGGAGUAUCAAAA